GCACGUGCAGUCCGCGCGCGUUGGCGCACGCAGCGUGCGGGACACAGUCGAUCGUAAAUGUGUUGUGUCGGGUGACUCGGAUCGGAUGUUCGGCGGCGGACAGUACCGGAAUACGCUGUGCGCACGGCGCGGUGCGUAGCGCGUGUGUCGCACUGUGCGUUAACGCGAAAACGUCAUAUGUAUAUCGGCGUAUACCGAUUUGUUCCGUUCGCGCUCGCAAACCGAGUGUUUUAUAACAUCUCCUCUCCUCCUCUCCCUCUCUCUUUCCUCCGGCCUGGCGUGAAAUGUCAAGCGUCCUGCGUUACCAUGGGCUGAAUCUUGCCAUGCCGUAGUGCUGUUGUUAGAAGUGUCAGAUUUUCAGCGAGGCAGGAAGAGGCGAGAGAACCCGGGGGAGAGGUAUUCGGAGAGCGACAAGCGGCGACGGGGAAAACCCGAGGUGAAAGUGGAAGUGGAGGUCGCACUCGCACGGCACUCUUUUUCCCUCCGUUUCCGCGUAGCAUUUCCCCUCCCGCAAGAGCGAACGGGACAAAGGGCUUUCGCCCGCGACCACGAGGAGGCUGCCGUGUGCUGGCCGAUGUCCGAUCGAAGCGAUGGAGCCCGAGGAGCCGCUCAUGCAGGGGAUGCUGCUGCUGCCGCCACAGGGAAUGUUAGGCCAGCUCAAGAAAACGUGGCACAAGAGGUUCUGCCAGCUCUUCAGAACGAGCAAUUACGGGAUCAAACGCAUCGAGAUCUAUGACAGUCAGGAGGAGGCGAUACUACAAUCUCAUUCCCCGCGCAUCAUCACGCUGGACGCCUGCAUCAAAAUCGCCCCCAGCAAUCAGUCCCAUGUCUUCACUGUGGUGACUAAGUCAGGGAUACACUAUUUCGGCUGUUACUCGGAGAUCGAGAUGACGCACUGGAUCACGGCGUUCCAGUUGGUCGCGUUCAAGGACAGCGUAUCAAAUCAAAUAGAGGAAAACAACGAUCUGUACUGCACCAGUGGGGAGGGCGUGUUUUCCGUGAAAGUCGUGGAAACGGACGCGUCUAAGCGGUGCGGACUGGAGGCGAGGAACUACACCCUCGUGGUCGCCGCUGUGGACAUGAAGCUGAUGGAUGGUGACAUAGUUCUAUUCACGUGGCCGUACAGGUAUAUCAGGCGAUACGGAUACAGAGAUGGAAAAUUUAUCUUUGAAGCCGGAAGGAAAUGCGAGUCGGGCGAGGGCUCCUUUCGCCUGGAGCAUGGGAGCCAGCAGGAAAUCUUCCGAUGCAUGUACGCCAAGAUGAAAUCUAUGAAGAAGCUAUUGGACGAGGAGAAUAAUCCGAACAUAGAGUGCAACGACAACCAAUUUCAGGCGGCCUUGUCCAUGGAGGCUGGCUCCAGAGCGGCCUUACCUCCCUCCUCGAACAAUUCUUCCAGCAAUCUGAUCGACAUAGAUUUCUCUACCACGCAAAGCUCUCAAAAAGCCUUGACCUCGUCGACGAGCAUGGAUUCCGCGAUCUCGUCGAGCAGGUCAAUGAACAAAUCUAAGCCUGCGAAACCGCCACGAAAAUACGUCUUUGCCAAUCUACUGGAGAAGAAAAAUAUUGACUCGGAAUUCCUAGAUUUGCCCACGUGCGGGGAAUACAGAGCUAUAAGUCAAGGUAACUCGCCGGAACUGUCUCACAAGUCCAUCGGUAGUACCGUGCGCGAGAACGAGGAGAAACACUCGUACGAUUUGGUAGAAAUUAGGAAUGACGCCUGGAAGACGCACGGUAUCGACAGCGUGCACCACACGGAGAGAAUAAACUCCGGUCUACCUGGCGAAAGAGAUAAGGAAAGCGACAAUGACGAUUUACAGUACGAGAUCAUGAUGCCGUUACGGAAUCACGAUGCAUUCCAAAAUUCGUGCAAGAGCAAGUGCGGCGUUGCCGACAACGCGAUCGUCACUUCGUCAUCGUCGGCGAUACCGAAUGUCGUCAAGACAGAUGAAUCAGACUACGAUAAAUUAGAACACUUCGGAUCCGCGAUGAAACUUAGUCAGAUGCCCGUGUACAAAUAUACGAACUCCUCGCAAAGCAUACAUUCCAAUGUCUCUCACGGGGAAAGCUCUAAUCUUAUUAAUCCAGCGUGGUCCAAUUAUGACAUUGUCGAAGACAUGUCCGCCAUCAGGCUGGCAGACGACAGUCAUCUCGGCUACGGGAUUAUCCGAAAGAAGCAGCAGGAUAUCUCCGAGACAGCUUCCACCGGUAAUAACGCGGGCGGUCCGCAGCACAAAGUAUUCAACAACAGCGAAUACGCAAUUGUAUCAAAGCCAAAAAGGGUGUGAAAUACCCGUGUGAAUUUGAAUAUCCUUUCAAAAUAUCAACAACCAUGCCAUACAAAUUCGCCUUUAUAAAAUUUUUGUCUUUUCGUAACUAUUUGUAAGGAUAUGAAGAGAAUAUGCUAGUCUGUACCGCGUGGUUAGAAUAAAAGUUUAUUUCGUUUGCUUUAUAAAAUGAUUGGCACGCUGCAAAACUAUAAAAACGAUGUCAUUAGUUUCACCCAUUGUCACACUUGUUCAAUAUUUUUAUUUGCUUUUUUACGUCAUUGUUAGAGACUCUUCGUAAUUACUACAGAGAUAUAGUGUCUUGAAAAAUGUAUAAACAUCCAAAAAUUUCUCUGAUGCAUUUGUGCCUUCUUAUGAAAGAUAUUCUACUAUCGAUUAGGAGAAAGCUCAAAGUGAUUAGUAUUUUAUCUAAUUACAAUCGACUGAUUUAUCAAAAUACCUGUGUAGUGUGCCUUAUAGAAACAAAAAUAUUUUAAUUGAUGCCAAAAUGAUACUAAAUCGUGAACGUGCAUGCGCGUUGAAGUGCUCUUGAUAUUUGAGUAUAUAUUGUAUUGGUGUACUUAGAAAUUUAUUAUUACAUAUAUUACAGUCAUAAUUUUUUAUCACAAGUAUUCUACUCUUACAAUCAUUCAUUGUUAUUGCUCUGUAACUAUUGUUAUGAUAUAUAGAGAUAUAUAAAAUUUACGCGUUUAUAUGUCUAUUAAUUAUUAUAUUUUUUAACAAUGCACGCGAAAACACGUUCAUUCUAUGCAGGCAUGUUGUAAAGUUUAAACAAUGUGGGAUUAUUGAUAUAAAUAUGUACAUAAUUUGAGACAAAUGGUUUCGCAAAAAGAUAACAAAUAGAUCAUCACAAUUGGAUAAAGUUAUAGAUAUUUAACAUUAUAUGCUGCCGCAAUUAUAUAUAUAUGUAUGCAUAAUGAAUAUUAGUGCUUUCAUCAACUAUAGAGUCGAUCAUUUGUUUUAACAUAAAUAUUAUAAUUAAUUUUAUAAAAGUUCUAUUGGAUUUUUGGAAACUUCAGAAUAUUAAAAGUACAACAAAAUUUUUUUAUUGCAUGAAAUUGUAUACCUAUUUAUAUUAAAUAUAUAUAUAUAUCUGCAAUGAAAAAAACAAUAGAUAUUAUCUAUUCUUAUACUAGAAACCACUAUUAUUCAUUAUGAUCAAAUCAAUGACUACAAGUCAUAUGCAAUAAUAGUACAUAUAGGAAUGAUUAUCUUUUAUAUAUAUUUUUUUAUUUACAGAAUCUUUACAAAAUUGUAUAAGUACCAUAAUAAUUUUAAGAAUUUAUUGAGAAGCCGUUUAUAAUAUGUCCUUUGUGCCAAACAAAUGGUCUACCAUUGAAAUAUCAAUUAAUAUAUAUACAUAGAAGAUUAUUGAUAAGAACUGCGCUAAUCAAUGAAUUCUAAAACACAUUGAACAGGCCUGUAAGAUGAAAACUAUUUUCUAGAACAAGUAUUGUUAGUUUUAACAGAUGUAUCAUUAGGAAUAUAUUUAAAAAAUUAUAUACACGAGUAAAAUUGAUUCUUACAUAUAUAAUAUCUAUGUGAAUUUGUUUUAUCAAUGUCGCUAACAAAAUUUAUAUCUGCAGACGAAUUUUGUUAUGUUUUAAGAUAAUGUUUCAGCCAACAAGACAAUACAUUUAUCUAAACAUAAUUUUUUUCAGUGUAUUCUUUUGAAACGACUUGCAUACAUUUUACAGUGACUAUAUUCAUCAAUUUUAUAUAUUAUAAAUACAAAUUACGCAAUAAAAUUGUAACACAACA